AUGAGCGCCUCUUUCGAGCUCCUCGCCGACGCGCUGCUCUCCAAUGCCAACCUGCUGGCCUUUUCCUUUGCAGCCUCUUUCAAAUUGCCUGCCACCGCGCCGCCGCCUCUUCCCAGCGUGACCACUCUCCAGACAAAGGAGAGCAGGCCUAUGCCCCUAUCCCACACCCUCACUUUUACAAUGUAAGCCACACAGCCUGCAAAGAAUAGGGCAGCCAAGAGAAGCAGGAGAGCAUCGAGCAGAUCCUGCCUCUCCAUGCUCUGAAUCAGGCCUUUGGAAUUGCGCAGGAUAUCGCCAAAGGAGGUGUAG